AUGAAGCUAUCUACUGGUGCUUUAAUCCUCGCUUUUGCCGCGGCCGUAGAAGGUUUUGCUCCUCUUCCUCAACCUGCUUUGUCUCUCAGCCAAACAGCUAGUACAUCCACAACUCUGUAUGCUGCUGGCAAGAGGAAGAGGAACAAGAGACCCAAGGCCAAGAAACAGCAGGCCGAUGUUGCAGUUGCCGACUCCGUGAUUAGCCAAGCCGAAGUUCGUUCACUGUUCUCUCUCUGGAACAGCGCUCUCGCAACCGGCGAUUCUCGCAUCGUUGCGCAGCGUUACGCCAAGGACCCCAUCCUCCUCCCAACCGUGUCUGACGUUCCUCGUUGUGACUACGACUCAAUCAAGGACUACUUUGACAACUUCCUCAAGAUGGAGCCACAAGGUCAAAUCCUUCAAGGCGACAUCCGCAUCGGCGCUGACUGGGCCCAAGAUUGUGGUAUCUACGAGUUCACAAUGGGAGCCACUGGUGAUAAGGUCAAGGCUCGGUACACCUACACCUAUGUUUACGAAGAUAAGCAAUGGAAGAUUGCCCAUCAUCAUUCUUCUGUGAUGCCUGAGAACCUGUACAUCUCCAAGGAAAUCAACGUCGAAGAAGUCCGAGGACUCUUCCAGCUUUGGAACUCGGCCCUUGCCACUCUUGACUCCAAGGCCGUGGCAUCGCGUUACGCCAAGAAUGCUUGCCUCCUUCCUACUGUCAGUGAUAUUCCACGCACCGACGAGGCAGGAAUCGUUGACUACUUUGAUAACUUCCUGAAGAUGAAACCUCAAGGAGAAAUCCUCGAGUCUAACGUGCUCAUCGGUGACAACUGGUGCCAAGACACUGGUAUCUACGAGUUCACGAUGGGCGCCUCUGGGGCUGUUGUCAAGGGUCGUUACUCCUUUGUGUACCAGUGGGAAGACGGUCAAUGGAAGAUUGCUCACCACCACUCGUCCGUCAUGCCCGAAGAACAGCUCGCAAAAGCCAAUGCUGGCGCUUCUAAGGCAUCCAACGCUCUUCCUGAAUCUGAAGUCCGUAGUCUUUUCCACCUGUGGAAUGAUGCUUUGGCAACUCUUGACCCCGAGACUGUGGCCAAGAGAUACUCCAAGAGCCCAUGCCUGCUCCCAACCGUUAGCGAUCUUCCACGAACCGAUCACGAAUCUAUCAAGGACUAUUUUGUUAACUUCCUCAAGUUGGAACCCCAAGGUGUAAUCUUGGAAUCCUAUGUCACCGCCGGUGACGACUGGUGCAUGGACGAUGGAAUCUACGAGUUUACCAUGGGAGCUACAGGUGCGGUGGUCAAGGCUCGCUACUCUUUUGUGUACGCCAAGGAGGGAGAUGAAUGGAAGAUUGUCCAUCACCAUUCGUCUCAAAUGCCGGAAGAAGUCGUCGCAAAGGCUUCCAUCAAAAUGGAGGAAGUGGUCUUGGCAGCUUAA